CAGAAACGAAACUGAAAUUCUGCUCUUCUGCCAUGUCCCUUUAAUCCUCUCUCACCGCACUGAAUAAAAAUGGCAUCGUCCAGUGCACUGAACCUUUCUAACUGCUCUCUCUGUCUUCAACGACUGACGGAUGUGGUCACUAUUCCCUGCGGACAUGUAUACUGCAGAGGCUGCACUGAAGCCUUCCUCAGUGAGUAUGAAAACACAGGCAAGUACAGCUGCACACAGUGUGGGCAAAGUUUCACCCAAAGGCCCGAACAAGAUGAACAAGUGGAUGAAGUUGUGCAUAGACUGAUGAAGACUGGUCUCCAGGCUGACUACUCCAUACCCAGCCAUGCUGGACCUGAGGACGUAGCCUGUGACAUCUGCACUGGCCAAAAACACAAAGCCAUAAAAUCCUGUCUGAUGUGUCUGGCCUCCUACUGUGAUGACCACCUCAGACUGCACAACGAUCUCAACACAAGAACUCCUCACACGCUUGUGGAUGCCACCGAACAGCUGCAGGGAAUGACCUGCCCCCUCCACGAUAAGCUCUUGGAGGUUUACUGCCGUACUGACCAGCAAUGCAUCUGCUGCCUGUGCAUGCUGGACAAUCACAAGGGUCAUGACACAAUCUCGGCUGCAGCAGGGCGGGCAGAGAAAGAGGAGGAGACGAAGAAGUCCAAGCUGAGGAUUACAGAGAGAGAGAAGCAGCAAAAGGAGCUGAGAGCAGCUAAAAACACCCUGAGGGACAUGGCACUGGCCACGGAAGAGGAGAGUGAGCGGCUCUUCAAGGAGCUGAUCCAGUGUAUAAAGAGCAGCUGCUCUGAGAUGAAGGCGCUGAUCCGAACCCAGGAGAGGGCUGAACUGGAGCGGGUCGAGGACCUUCUGAUCCGGAUAGAGCAGGAGACAGAUGAGCUGAAGAGGAGCGAUGCUGAGUUGGAGCAGCUUUCGCACACUCAGAACCACAUCCACUUCCUGCAGUCAGCCCAGUCUCUCUACCUCCUACCUGGAUCUGCAGAUGUCCCAGACCUGGCAGUUAACCCUCAGUUCUCUUUUGGGGAAGUGGUCAAGUCCAUUUCUGAGCUCAAAGGCCAGAUAGAAGACAUCUGGCAGAGAGAAAUCAAAACAAUCUCAACAGAAGUGAAAAAAGACAAGAUUGUAGUUCCUUCAGAACCAAAGACGAGAGAGGACUUCUUACAGUAUUUGGUUCCACUGUCACUGGACCUCAACACCGCCCACAAGAACCUUCGGCUAUCUGAGGAGAACAGAGCUGUGUCCUGUGAUCUCGAACCUCAACCUUAUCUGGACCGUCCCGAGCGUUUCGACUGGUGGGCUCAGGUCCUGUCCCAGGAGGCUCUGUGUGGACGCUGCUACUGGGAAGCGCAGUGGACGGGCCUGUACGGAGCGGACAUCGCCGUUUCAUAUGGAGACAUCAGCAGGAAGGGAGAGGGAGAUGACUGUGGCUUUGGGUAUAACAAACAGUGCUGGAGUUUAGACUGUUCCAUAUCCAGAUAUGCUUUUGUACACAAUAAUGAGGAGACGGAAAUCUCAGUGCCUACGUCCCACAGGAUAGGGGUGUAUCUGGACUACAGGGCAGGGCUGCUGUCUUUCUAUAGCGUCUCAGAAGACAGUAUGACUCUCCUCCACAGAGUGGACACCAGGUUCACUCAGCCUGUCUAUGCAGGGUUUGGGCUGUACGGGGGAUCUACAGCAAAGAUAUGCCAGCCAGGCGAAGAAGCACAAAAGCAAACGAAUACCCAAAAAACAAAGAGAGUCACAUUUGUGAAGAAUGUGGAACAUAAAAGAAGAAUUUGCAGUAUAAGAUCCAGGGCAGUACAGAAAAGAAAAUGAACGUGACAGAAAGUACCUAAAGUAGCCUAACGCCUGGAGCCUGCUCUAUAUUUGAACAAUUAAGACAAUUUCAAAAGGGCCCAUAUAAUUAUGUUUUUAAUUAGGAUUUUGAUAUAGUACGCAAGUAUUGAAGAGACAUUCUGGUUUUGGUCUAUUAGUGUUCUCUCACUACAAUACCCAGCAGGCUUUAUGCAAAUAUAACAAUUAGGAAUCCCUCCCACAGUGAUAAAGAAAUAAGGACUGCUAGCACAGUCACUGAUGUAGAGACUAAUAACAUAGACAGGAUAUUGGGCUUCUGAGCAGUAACAUUCACUAUCUAGCUUCCUUCGGCUUUAGCCAACUGAAAAAAAUAAAAACAUUUCAACCCACCCUCAUGUAUCUGCCUAAAAGCAGCUGUAGUUUUUCAGAAGUUCUCCCCACCUUCAAGAUGCAUCAUCAGAAGGGGGCUUUCCUAAUCUUAAAACCCAAAAAUCUCACUCUAGAGACUAUGGCAGCACCACUGCGAAUACAAAUGUGUGUGUAUACGUUGCAUGUUAAAUAGAUACACCAAUGGUCAAAAUGUUCAUUUUUUUCUCCUUUAAAUUUCAAAACACACAAUUCACUAUAUAUAAGGAAACUAAGGCACAAAAACAGGCCACUUUGAAUUCCUCAUGGUUGUGACGGCACAACCAUAAACGUAUUUCUCUGGCCAUCCAUUCAGCCUUCAGCUGAUGUGACUUUAGUACAUAAAACCACAAGAAAAAUGGAGAAUGUAAGUCCUUUAAAUAGUGUUAAAAAAAAAACCCAAAAAAAAACCCAAAAGCUAAGAUGGGCUCAUUUCAGUACAGAAUAGUAGGUUCUAUUAAAACUAAAUGAGGCACGAAUGCUCAUUGGUGACAGAUGGAUGAAUUACUUGGGUGGUUCAACUCAGGAUUUUUGCAAUAAUUAUGUUAAUUAUAAAUAAAUAAAUGAAUGAAUGGAUUGUAAACUGUCCCUAAUACUGCUUCACUCGGAAAUGUGUCGUGGUACAGAAGAAAAAUGUGUUGAUUUCCCGUUCACGCUGUCUUAUAAAACACAUUUUACUGUU